AUGGCGAAGAGUCCAUGCCGCCAUGUCCGUUCUGCAAGCUUUCCCUCUGUGUCUCAUCCUCUAAUGUCAAAGAUUGAGAAGAAGCUGAAGGAAUUGAGGGGUGACUGGGGAGCGUUGUCUUCGUCUUCUCCUUCAUCAUUGUCCCAUCGCACAGUGGAAUCACUGUGCAACGGCCUUACUGGUCUGGCCGACUUGCUUGAAAGCAUUGAGAAGUUGCUUCAACCGCCGUUCGCCUGCCAGGCAGCUUCUGCACUAGUAGUCCAUGGCCAACAACCCCGCUGUAAAUGGGUGGACGAGGUGUUGAAUGGAUCUCUGACGCUACUGGAUGUGAGUGGCACCAUCCGAGACGUUUUGUUGCAGAUGAAAGAGCAGGUGCACGGCAUUCAGUCGGCACUCCGGAGGAGGAAGAACAUUGCCGAGUUUCAUGACUUAGAAAGUAGCAUUGUUUCAUACAUGUCCUGUAGAAAGACAAUGAGCAAGGUGAUACCCAAGUGUAUGAGCCAUUUGAAGAGGAUGGAGAAGAAACAUGGCUCGUCUCUUUCAGGCGACGACAGCCAUGAGAUUGUGGUUGUGGCUGGUAUUCUGAGAGAAGUUGAAGGGCUUUCGCUCAUUAUCCUUGACUCGCUCUUGUCCUUCAUAGCCGGCCCGAGGGCAGCGCCGGCCGGUUGGCCAUUGGUGUCGAAAUUGAUGCACAACAGAAGAGUACUGGGAGUGGCGUGUGAUGGGCAAAACGAGGACUACGCCAAUGAAGUAGAGAAGGUGGAUGCUGCAUUGUGUGGCCUCGUCAGUGGUGGUCGUAGGUCAUCGUCGUGCAAAGAUAAUGAAGCGGUGGCCAUGCAAGAUGUGCAGAAAUGGUUGAAGGUGUUGGAGAUGAGCGUCGGGGCACUUGAGGACCGUUUGGAAUGUUUGUUCAGGCAUUUAAUCAAAACAAGGGUCUCCCUUCUCAACAUUCUUAGCCAGUAA